AUAAGCGGAAAUGUGACAGCUCGUUGUUGGCAGCUUGAAGCGGAAGUGGGAAGCCAGUAGUGUCCCUGUCUUCUCUUACGUCCGGCAGACGUGUUUAAGUAAAGACGCUCCCAGCCAGCAUCACCAGUGCUCAGUUGAAACACAGUAGCAUAACAAUGAGUGGACGCGGCAAAGGAGGUAAAGGACUCGGGAAAGGAGGCGCCAAGCGGCACCGUAAAGUCCUCCGUGAUAACAUCCAGGGAAUCACCAAGCCCGCUAUCCGCCGCCUGGCUCGCCGCGGCGGAGUCAAGCGUAUCUCGGGUCUGAUCUACGAGGAGACCCGCGGUGUGCUGAAGGUCUUCCUGGAGAACGUGAUCCGGGACGCCGUCACCUACACCGAGCACGCCAAGAGGAAGACGGUCACCGCCAUGGAUGUGGUGUACGCUCUCAAGAGGCAGGGCCGCACUCUCUACGGCUUCGGAGGCUAAACCUACCAGAUGAACGCAACAACCCAAAGGCUCUUUUAAGAGCCACACACACAUUUCUAUAAGACACGAUUCCUCUA